AUGGAAUCUUUGCGGCGGUUGAGUGAGAGGAGGAGCGACGUCAUGGCCGCCAUUGCACCGAGGGGAGUCUUGGCCAAGCGCCAUCUCGACAAUGGAGCCAUUGCCGGCGUCGUCGUCGGCGUCUGCGUGGCCGUCGCGCUCGUCCUCGUCUGCCUCUAUCCCGUCGUCAUCCGCCGAAUCAUCCGCCGCCGACGAGAACGACGAAAGCAACUUGUUACUCCCGACGCCGAGACUGGCGAGGUUCCCGUUCCAACCGGUUCCGCUGGCACUGAUGGCCCUCAACGCCGAUUGUCCUCGCAGGACUCGUAUAAGCCCGGGGAAGAACUUUCACGAGGUGAUGUUGGAGGAGGUUCCGACAAGGACGGCUGGACUCCCGGCGAUGGCGUCGCCCGCUCCGGCAGCCAGGACCAUCAGACUCGCUCCGUUCAAAUCGACACUGCCGUUCCGAUAACCCGAGCCGCGCCCCCUAUCCGCAGUGAAUCCCAAGGAACCGCUCUCACCGGAUUCGAAGAAGAAUUCAUGCCGCAAUCGAUAGGCGAUGCUCACAACGGAGUUCUCAAUGGUACCAGCGCCGACUACUACAGCCCAGCAGUCCCGUCCGAGGCCUUCGGUAUGGUCAUGGAGGAAGAGCCCCAACCCCAGCCCCAGCCCGAUCCCAAGCGCUCUCUCUCUCGUGGAAGCUCUCUGCGAUACAAUCUCAAGCAAAUGUUCAGCCGCAAGAGUACCCGAGAUCACUCCAUGCACUCGCCAACAUCUCCGACUUUCGGUGACAGUUUCGACAUCACUUCCCGUGGUGCCCCCCUUGGACAUGACGCCCGCCUAGGACCUGAAAGCCCCCCCCUCGAGCGCAUUACUACGGCCGAAGUGACGAGUGAGUCGCCCACGGAGAUGUACCCUCCAGCAAGUGAUAUGCUGCCUCCGCCUCACCGCGCCCUUGGAUCGCCCAUCAAUCUGCCGGCCAAAUCCUCAGACUUGCCUGAGGGUACUAUUCAGACUCCUCCGGAUUCGCCACCGUUUGAAGCCAAGUUCAGAGCCUCUGCUUCCCCGCCCACCAACCCUGCUCCUGGAACAGUCAACCCUAUGGACAUUAUGCCAGCCACUACAGAGUCCGAGAUGUGGCAUCGUACAGAGCAUCAGCUUUACAUGACUUACAACCCACCUUCUUCGCCUAGCGCUCUGCCCUCAUCCGAUCAAUCUCCACCAGAAGUACCAACUGACUCUCCCUCACCCCUCACUCUACCUCCGAACUUCCCUCUGGCGACCCCUAUUAUUCAAUCUCCCACUCCUACUCAGCGAGAAAUGUCCUUUAAGCGAGAUCCUGCGGAAGAUCAAGACGUCUUCAUGGUGGAUAUCCCGACGCACAUUCAUCUGACUCCCGCGCCAGACCAUGAUAGACACUCCAGCUAUCCCUCUGACGCAUCAACUCCCCUUCCCGGCCCUGCAUCCACGAAUCCUUCAACUCUCAACACACCCGCCACGCAACUCGACACCCCUUCUCCAAACUCCGAGGUCAACUCCUCCGACUACCAUCACAGUGUAUCCCCGAAUAAUGGCAACCUCAACCUCUCUCCGAAGGCUGGCACCUAUCCAUGUGACGAGCCUAAUUGUAACCAGGUCUUCGAUCAACCCCAUAAGCUGAAGCAUCAUCAGCGAUACCACACUAAGGAGCACAAAUGCACAUACCCCAACUGUGGAAAGGGAUUCGGAACCAAGACCCAUCUUCAGCGACAUAUUAAUGACAGGCACGAGAAGAAGAAGAAGUUCCAUUGCGCCGUCCAGGGAUGCGACUACUCCAGACAAGGAGGCAAGGGGUUCCCCCGCAAGGACAACUGGAAACGCCACAUGACCAAGAUUCACAACAUGGAUCAGAAAUAUCUCCCCGAACCCGUCGAGGCUGAUUCGGAGAUGGGUGGCGUAUGA